CCUCCGCUGGCAGCAUCAUCUCCUCCCGCAGAGCAAAGUGGAGCAGCAGCAGCGUCUCUACCCUCCAGCUCCAAGCUUUACGUCUGUUAGGGCUGCUCAGCGCCGGCGGGGAUAUUUUACCUAAUGUGACACAUUUUAUGAAACUGCUUGAAACACCGGCUGAAGCAAUGCGAGCCUUUGGAGGGAUUUUACAGUACGUGGGACUUUAUUUUCAACUUAACGCAGCUCUCAACGUCGGACACGGCGAGGUGAAUAAUCAUGUCUCUGGAAAUGCUCUCUUUACAGAGGUGCCACACGACAUCACAACGCAGAGCGGGAAAGAUGUAGAGAUGGCUUGUUCCUUCCGUGGGGCAAGUUCUCCCUCCUACUCCCUGGAAAUCCAGUGGUGGUACAUCAAGGACCACAGAGACUGGCAAGAGAAGCCUGUCCAGAUCACUAAUAAUGUUGUACCCCUGGAGGAAACUUCCAAAGAUGCCACCAAAAUUAGUGUAGUAAAAGUGGCCGGCAGCAACAUCUCCCACAAGCUCCGUCUCUCCAGUGUCAAACCGUCAGACCAGGGCACGUAUGAGUGUCGUGUCAUUGACUUCAGUGACACUAUGGCGCAGCAACACCGCGUUCGCGCCUACCUCCAGGUGGAGCCUCAGAGGAGUCAGGGGUCGGAUGGUGUCGAGCUGCAGGAGCCAAGGCAGCGGUCACAGGGGAACCACCAGCACCCCCAGCACCAGACAGAGGGCAGGGAACUGAAGAGGAGAUCAGCUGGCAGCACCGCUGACUGUAAUGAGAGCUGCAUAGAGUGGGCUGUUUAGAGUGGGCAGUCUGCCCGUCUGUCUGCAUGUUUAUGACUUAUCUCUAAGAGGGACUGUCAUCAACACACACGUUACCAGAGUCGAGGCCUCAGACGUCACUGGACCCCUUUGUUUUUCACGUUUAUUUUGUCUAUCUUUAAUAUUGCUGUUUGGGUGCCGAUGGUGUUUAAUGCCAAUAAAGGGCAUGGUUUUAUUGACUUUACAUAUGAAUGUGUUCUUUUUGUUGCUUUGUUAGUCUCUGUGCAUUUUCCUAGUGCAUUAGGUUUAUGUUUAUCUGACAGUGAGGCUGUAAUCACAGAGAGCACCUUUAUUUUAUUUUGUCUGAGCAGGACUCUUUCAUAGGCCGAGCACCCUGAACUUCUCCUCACAAAGUUACUGUACAAGGCAGUGGAGAGUCCAAACUAUCAUGGAUAUUAUAAUAAAUAUUAAAUGGGUGAUACGGACACAGACAGACCAUUUAUUUUGCUAUGUGCCAGUUCUACUGUCUUUUACCAAAAAAUGUGCCAAAAGCUGCAGUAUUUCAGUGUAAAGGCUUUUGAAGGAACAAGAAAUAAAUUAAUCUUUUUUUCAUUUACCUGAGAACUUUAUGAAGUAAACUGAUUUAAAUCUUUGUUUAAACAAUAUCUGUAUUUAGCUUUCUAAACCAUGACUAGAAUGUUUGUCAAAAUGAAAAUGUAUGCCUUCAUCAUAUCAAGAUAAGUGUAUAUAUAUAAUUAUAUAUAUUAUGUAUAUUCACACUUAGCACUGUAAACUUUUACUCUUGUCAUUAAAAUAAAGUUUACUCUGUGCUAGUUAACCAAUGACUCAAGAAACACAGCUAGGAUGAUAAUCACUCUAAAGUUUGUCAUAAUUUUCUCUUACCCAAUGUAACUUUUUGUCAAAACUUUUAUGGAGUUUGUGGUCUGAAUCACAUCCUCCUCUUGACUGUGUUUGUUCUAAGUGCUGCUGUUCUGUUAAAAUACAUUCAUUUGACGUGACUUUGGUCUUUUUUCCAGUGAUUCUGAUAUACAGUGUUGUACUUUAUUACUAUUUUACUAUACAUGUGAGUGUGGUUAAGCAAUGUCCUAUGAAAUAUGUGGUUUGGUGGCACAAACUAACUGGUUUGUAGAUCUGUAUGUGUCCUUCAUUUGAACUGUGUGGUAAAAUCCCAUUUUAUGUUUUUUUAACCUAAUACAUGUUGUGAAUGGGCAGAAAUUACCUUUAUCUACUAUAGGAUGGUAAAAGGUUAGGUACAUUUUCUGUAAUCUAGUAUUUCUUUUUUCACUCUACUACACAUCUUG